CCAACCUGGCGACAAAAAUUACAUUCUUUAAUCACUGUGAAUCACUGCAAUAACCUGUAACGUACUAGUACUGAGAUAAUAGUUUUUCGCAUAGUUUUUUCGUAAUAUAAUACCUAAAACAAUGGCUAAAGUUUUGAAUAUAGCUGACGAUGAUUGUUGGAAACAUCCAGGCUUCAGGCGGGCUAUAGUUUCAAGAAUUGAGAAAGCGGUUCGUCUGUCAGGUAUUAGUACCACGCGCAACAGCACUGAAAUGGAAAAUCAUAUUUUCCAAGAAGUCACGACAAAACAAGAAUAUUUGAUCUACGUUGCUCAGCUUAUUUUGUUUUUCCGCGAAAUGGGCUCGAAAAAGGACGCUGCAAUGGGUGUCCCAGGCCAAAAUCAAGGAGCAGCUCCAGACGUAGCUGACGUCGUUAAUGCACUGCAAAGUUUAACAAUUCAAGGCACAGGGCCAAUGGAUGGCCAACAACAAAACGAAUAGUCAAAAUACAAUGAGAUCUGGUUUAUUUAGAAUUUAGUUCAUAUUAAAAUUUGCUCAAAUAAACUUUGUUAUAAAAUUACAA